AUGGCUUCCUCUGCACGGGUAGAAGCCAGGAAGGAGUGGAAAACUUUUGGUCCAAAGAUGGAAGGAAUGACGCCAUGGCCAUUGAAUGAAGCUUCUCCUCCAUGGAUCCUCGCCUCCGCGCCCCUGAUCCGGCCGCCCAUCCUCGGAUCCAUCCUCCCGCGUCCACCCCACGCCUCGUUCGUCCCUGGGGACUCCUGCUACACCAGGUCCACCAGCUCCGUCGCUGCAGGGAACGAGGAGCACGCCGCCCCGAGGCAUAGACCCCAGUGCCAGGUCCCAUGCCGCCGUCAUCCGAAGCCUCGCUGUCGUUUUUCUUCAGAUACGAGCAGGCCAGUGCCACACCACUGCUUCCUCUCCGUUCCCCUUGCCCAUCCACUCAUCGCCGGAGACCCUAGGCUAGCCGCCGCCGCGCUACGGUACCUGCUCCAUGCCGGACUCGGCUUCCUCAUCGCCCUCCAGCAACGGCCAGAGCGCCAAGUCCCUCUGCAUCGACCCCGCGGCCCUAGCCUCAACUCGCCGCCGGAUCUGCUUCCUCUCGGCGCCCACGAUGAGCUCCGCCCAGUCUCCCCGCGCCUCGCCGCCCGCUAUCUCCUCUACAUCGCGUCGGCGCACCUGACCUCUUCGUCGCGCUGUUCCCCUAUUUCUGCGUGCGAGGAGGACCCCAGCGCCAAGUCCCGCAGCGCUCGUUGA